AUGAACCCACAGCAGUAAUAAAAAAAUAAAGUGUUUAACAACUAGUAUUAAAUAGUAAAAAAGCUUUCUUCUGGUUCAUUUGGAGUAGUGUUUUUAGGAUAAGACUUAUUAUCGAAAUAGGAGGUGGCUAUAAAAGUAGAGAAAGAAGAGAAUGAAGAAGUUAAAUCUUUAGAAAGAGAAGUUCAAAUUUUAAAGAUUCUAGAUGGAAUAGAGGGAUUUCCUAAAUAUUAUUGGUCAGGAGAAGAUCUUGGUUAUAACAUCUUAGUAAUUUAAUUGCUUGGUAAAGAUUUGGCAUUCCAUUUCAAAUAACUUAAGAGAUUCAAUCUGAAAUCAGUUUUAACUAUUGGAAUAUAGGCUGUGAAUCUUUUAGAAAGAGCUCAUUAAAAAGGAGUAAUACAUAGAGAUUUGAAACCUGAAAAUAUGAUAUUAGGAAUAGGAAAUGAAAUUUCUAAGUUAUAUCUUAUAGAUUUUGGAAUUAGCAAAGUAUAUAGAGAUGCUAAUGGAAGACAUAUGUAAUUAUUAUAUUAGGAUAUAGUAUUUUCAAAGAUUAAAAGUCUUUUUUAGGAACUACAAGAUAUGCUUCAAUUGCAGCUCAUUUAGGUCAUGAAUUAGGUCGAAAAGAUGAUUUAGAGUCCCUAAUGUAUAUUUUACUCUACUUUCUACGAGGGUAAAAAAAUAAUUAUAAAUAAGGUAGUUACCUUGGUAGAAUAUGGUAAAUGUAACAGAUGAUGAAAGAACAUAAAAAGUUGGAGAAUUAAAAUUAUCAUUAGAAAACGAAAUCUUUAAAGAUCAAAUUCCAGAGUUUUAGAAAAUUUAUAAGUAAAUUUCUAUAUAUAUAAAAUAGUUCAAUAAGAAAGUUGUAAUUCAAAUAAGAACCAGAUUAUAAAAUUAUUAUACUAGAAUUAAAAAAGGCAGCUGAAUCUUAAAAUAUUAUUCUUGAUGGAAAUUAUGAAUGGUCUGAAAUAAAACAAUCUACUCAUUAUAGAACAGAUACAAAUUAAAAUCAAAGUAAAAAAAAUAUUUAAUUCAAUAAUUAAAAUGAGAUGAAAAAAUCUAUUGAAAAAUAAUUGUCUGGUGCUGUUUAACUUGGGUAAUUUAUAUAAGUUUUAAAAUUAAAAGCUCUUAAAACUUUUUAGCACCACCUCCUUUAUCUUCAAGAAAUAAUUCCUUUUAAAGAGAUGAUAUUAGAAAGAAUUCUAGUUUGACAUAACAAAGCAGUAUUGGAAAUUGUUGUUAAUCAAUAAAUCCAAAUUAUUAAAAAUCUAUAUGUGAUGAUCGAUUUGGAAGCAAACAAGAUAUUUUAUUACAUUAAUAAAAAAGCUUUGAUGAUGAGAGAAUUUCUAAUUUUGAAAGCAAAGAAAUCACUGAAAAUUUAGAAGGUUAGGAAACAUUAGUUGAAAAGUAUGGAAAAAUUAAAAAAGGAAUAGCAAUGUAUUUCUUGUUUCUUUCAUUUUAGAAACCUUAUAUUAAGUUUAAAAAAGAAAAUGAAAUGA